AUGCCCAAUAUACUCAGCGCACUCAAGCCACUAUCCACUCGUCUUCCUCCUCGCAUACUGCUACUUGCGAAGCGCAAGCGACACGCGUUGGCUGCAGCACCAUCUUCUGCUCGUCCCGAGACUGGGAGCGUCGCCUCGUCCUCUCCGACGGUGCCACGGCUGGAUAACGGCCUGACCGUCGUCAUGGCGCCCGACCGUGUGGAGGUGCGCGCCACCAAGAGUACCUCUGCGUUAGAGCGCUCUAGUAGGUGUGGCGGCAUAGCCAAGGACGUCUUGCUACUGAGCUUGGAGGCUCUCGCCCAGUCCGCGGACGCUUUCCCACCGCUGAAGAGCGCCGUAGGCGGAUUACUGUUUUUGACGACGCAGAUAGAGCUGGUAUCCGGCAACAAGCAGCAAAUUUUGGACAUCUACGCCCAGAUCGAUGCAUUCGCGGCGUCCCUUGUACACGCAAUCCCAGAUGCAACAAGACUGUCGCCUGCUCACGAGGCUGCUAUACGAACCCUUGCCGAGAAUAUCCAGGCUGUGUCCUCGGAUGUCGAACUCAUCGCGCGGCAGCGUCCGAUUGCGCGCUUCCUCCGCGCCAAACACCAUUCCGCGCGAUUGGAGCAGCUCAUGAAGCGUCUGGAUCAGGCAGACAAAUCUUUUACUAGAACUAUGUUGUCGACGGUCGAGAUCAAGGUCUCGGAGAUUCAUGAGUGUGUACUGCCUUUACGGGAUGAGUGA